AUGGCGUUGAGCUCAGCAUCUGUCGACCGUUUCCCAAAUGAGCCAGGUCAACCGCAGACGGAUACUUAUUCAACACGCCUCGACCCAGGAACCAAGGCGAAGGUACAAGCGAGUGCGGAUACCCAAUAUGCGACAACCGAUCUACGACGCGCUCACACGGUUGCCCACGGCAGAAACACCAAGGAAACCGCAACCAUUGGCUCGAGAACAACCCGGGAACGGCUGGCUACUUCCCUUCUGCGGGUCAAGGACAGCCACGAGAUAUUGCGGAAGCGGUCCUUCAAGCGGCCUGAUACCUCUCAAGCGCCUCGUGACGCAGCUGUGGGAGCUAGAGAACCGAACCACUUUACCGUGGGGAAUGUCGGCCAGAAUGGAAAGAUCUUUCUAAGGUAUGACCAUCGCGCUGUGCUAUAUUUGGCGACAUCAGAUGUCAUGGAUAUAAUGCUAACACCCUUGUCACACUUUUCCAGACCGAUUCGCAAUCCACCGACCAAAGAACCCUUCCCGGCGCCUUCUAUUCCUUCACCCAGCCAAUCCAGACAAGAACACUUUGCGCACGGACGUGGUGCCCCCGAAAGCGACGAGCCUUCUAGAUGGUCGAACUCGCAGCUCUCUGAGUUGCGCCCAGAUCUGAUCCCUGAAGAGAGCUGCGAAGAUGGCGACUCUGUCAACACGGAAUCGGCGCAUUCCCAAUACCACGGCCUACCUCACCAUCGACCCCGUAAAGCACACUCGUUCUCUACUAUCUCAGAACAGCGGUCAGAGUCGCGUGCAGGUCGCGCAGGGGAGCUUCGUAUCUACAUUGAUCGAGCGGACAAUCGGCCAAAAACUGCCAAUGAACCGUCUCAGCGGGCCUUGGACGAUGCCAUCCCCCGUUAUAGGUUGGACUUGCCUCGAUCCAACCUUGACAAUGAGACGGCCCUGCACAGCUCCAUUUAUUCAAGAACGUCAUUGUCGGACAUUAUGCGCACGUCACGACUCCCGCGGGAAUAUUGGAUUGGCACUCUAGCCUCCGACGCCUAUUUACGGAACCCCGAACGGCCCUCCUUUGUCGGCUCGGUCUUUUCGGGCGCAGGUGCCAUCGAGUUGCCCCAGAGUUCUGCAGUUAGUGAGAAUCCUGUCUUCUAUGAGUUGAAGGAACCGAUCGAACCGGCCAUCUUCGAGACGCUAGUGUCGAAAAUGGACAAAGAGUCAGUGGUUCGCUAUGCUUCAGGAACCAAAGACAUCAGCGCUGCUACGCCGGCACGUAUCGUCGCGCAAAUAUCAUCUGCGUCCUUCAUGGAUUAUGAGCUUGUAUCCGAUUUCUUCCUCACAUUUCGCUCUUAUAUCUCGACCAGCACCCUUCUCGCAUUGCUUCUCGCUCGAUUGCGGUGGGCGAUUAAUCGCCUGCAGGAUGACGGCCGGAUCAUCCGUAUCCGGACAUUUGCAGCUUUGCGGCAUUGGAUUCUCAAUUAUUUUGUGGAUGACUUUGUUCCCGAGUAUGACCUCCGCGGUCAUUUCUGUGAGACCAUUAAUAGCAUGUACGAUGAUGUCAAGUCACGACAGGGCGGUGGCAUGAGUGAUCUCAAGAUCCUCAUAGAUCUCAAACGCUGCUGGUAUGGGAAGUCUUCUCUCUAUUGGGACUUUCCGAAUGACCACGAUGUGUUUCAAAGCCCCGACGUUGCCAUCCUUCCGGGUGACCGCGAGGCUGACACUUUGGAGACGGCGGUCGGCGGUGACCUUUUGGCUCUGGUGCGUACCAAAAGCGGGCUGGAAGCUGGCCCUGCGGGCACACUGUACCGUCCGAAUCAUCACAGCCGAAAUAAUUCGUCAAACACAGUGAAGAGUGUGCCAAUUUCGGCCGGAAGUGACCGGAGUUUUCAGGCGAUCUCCUGUUCCUUGCCCCCAAAGUCCCCGAAGCGCCUGUCCUUGUCCUUGGUUAACAAGGCACCCCAUCCCGUACCUCUGCCGCUGAAGCCAACUUCCUCACGGGAAGCUUACCCCCCUUCUCCUCUUACUUCGCGCCGCUAUCCCUAUCAUGGACAUUCUCACAAGCGCAGCGGCAGCUUCUCUGACUCUGUUCGAGAUGACAGGGCACCCUUCUCUCUGGUCAAUUUCGAUCAACAGGGUGUGAUCGCUGGACGGGAGGCGCUUGAUCUCAGUAGUCUAAUACGAGGAGAGCUCUACCCACCGGCGGAGUCGUACACAAUCAUGAUGGCGCCUCCAUCUCCCCCUCUUCCAUCCUCAGCUAAGAACCUUGCCUCAGACCGGCGGAGCACCACACACGGCAUUCACAAACCGGCCGCUUCAACCUCUGGCGUCAAAACAAUCAUUGGCUCAAUUCGACGGGCAUUGAACAGUCGACAUGGCGCUUCUGGUAGUCUUUCACGGGCGAUGAAUGGAGCGGCAAAUGCAUCUCUUCCGGGGAGGACAUCGGCUCUCCCAACUAAUGUCGCAUUCGGAUCAGAUGCCUACAGAGGUAGAAAGACGGCGGCAGGGGUGAAAAAGCCCACGAGAAUCGAUACGCUUUGUGACGAAGUUUUGAAGCAAUAUCGUGCUGCGAUAUCCGAACAAACCGAUACAACAGGAGGCUCUCGAUCUGCCGAUUCGCAAAAUCAUGCAGAUCUUCGUUCUUCUGCGCCUGGAAUACCGAGAGCGACAAGCCAGGUUACUGCCGGUAGUGAGUCCAUUGUCAUCGUAGACGGAACAGGCCUGGGAUUACCUGUUAUGUCUGGCGCUAUCGGAGAACCGAAUGCAGGACUCCAACAGCCUCCUGGAUUUUUGGAGUCGGAGCCAUCACCUGCAACAGUGAGAGCUCCAUCCCCGUACGGUCCACACCAAAGAUCGACCUUAGCAACCGAUGAAUAUUCUUUACCUAUCUUCUACGACGAAUCCCAUCCAGGCCCAUCAAGCCGAGCUUCAAAGUUCCUACGCCCCUCUGGAUUUUCGGAAUCCUCGCGCAGGUCAUACUCCGUUGAGCGGGCUUCGAUUUCGUGGAAAAGAACGUCAUCUUCGUUGCGUUUACGGAAGUAUGCUUCCUUCCAAAGUGGAGUCUCGAAGCACCGUCUCACUAUGGGAAGUGACUCCAUCCCGCCUCUACCCUCUGGAAGCUCGCAGCAGCACUCGGAUAAACCAUCAGGACCGACACUACGUAGGCGUCCUGGUGGAGACUUGCGUCAAAUGCGAAACGGCGGUGGCUUCCAAUCCAGGCCUGAUUCAGGAUCCUUUGUAUCCGAUAUCACAUAUCGUAGUUCUGGUGCUGACACUGCUGUUACUCGGGUUGAAGAGCCGUAUUCGCGGCCCCAGACCAGUCUCAUCCCUCCAAACCCUCGAUUUUCGCUAUUGACGACACACUCGUCCCAGAACCUGCGGCGUUCCUUUGAGGAUGCCAUUGCACAGUUCGCGCAGAUCCCAGAUGACGAUGAUGGGGGUGUUGAGUCAACCUUGUUGAAGCUCGAAGGGAAAUGGCAUGGGGCGUCUGUUGAGGAUGCUGAGGCUUCUGCUGCUGGGACAGAUCAACACCUUCAGCACUAUGAUCCCGGUGAGGUCUCUGGGGAGGAAUGGCUUCGUCAGGGCCGUGGUAGUGCAGGACACCACAACUUUGCGAACUCGGAUGCGCUGGCUCGGAGACGCCAAACCUUCUUUGGUGAUGGUCUGACAUACUCGCAAGUUCAGGGGCGCAUUGUUCCUCAGCGACCAUAUUCUGAUUCGAUCGCGGAGUCCGAAGACUCGUACAGCUCUAUACCUCUACUAGAACGGGGACUGAGCGAUGAGUCAAUGAAGAAGCCCGUCGCUAGCCGCCCGACAUCUCAUAUGGCCGGGCCUUCUCGCUUUCAGCCCAGUUUCUCCAGCCGAGAGACAUCGGAUAUGGAGUCCUCUCACCCCUCUAUUGACAUUGUGAAGGAGACCGAGAGUAUGAAGCGCAUUCCGCGAGGCUCAACACUCCCCGGCAAUCCCUCUGGGUCGAGAAAACCUACAGGCCGUCUUUCUGGGUUGUCAUCUGGGAUUUCGAUUGAUAUGAUCGAUUCGCAAGAAGCUGCAGAGCAACGUUUCUCCAUAGAUACGCAAAGCAUGACCGAUUCCUCGCUUGGUAUUCCGCCUCAUCCGCUCGCUCAUCCACCCUCCCCUCCGAUGACUGUCCAGAAUACACGAUCUGUGGGUUCCUGGACGACGCCGUUGAACCCAGUGCUGUUCCAGGCUCAACCAUUAACGCCAGAUCCUUCUCCCAGAAAUAAAAUGGCACAGCAAGCAAAUACUCGACCCGUCAACACCCAGCAGGUUUCAGGAGAUGUUCUUUCCCAGUCAGAAAAGGGUCGCCGAUUCCCGGAACCCUUGAAGAUUGCCGGUCCCGAGCAUGUGCCAUUUGUUCUAUCGUGCGAAUCGCAUGUCCUUGCCCAACAACUGACGUUGGUAGAGAUGGCUGCCUUGAGCGAAGUUGAUUGGAGGGAUCUGGUGGAUAUGCGAUGGAGCAGUGGCUCACCCACCAUGUUGAGCUGGGUGCAAUUCCUCAUGGAAGAGGAGCACAGAGGCAUUGACCUUGUUGUAGGACGCUUCAACUUGAUGGUCAGAUGGGUGCUCUCGGAAAUUGUCCUCACGCAAGAUAUCCACGAACGAGCGCGAACGAUUGCCAAGUUCAUCCACACGGCAGCACAUGCAAGGAGAAUGUGCAACUAUGCCACAAUGCUUCAAAUUGCCAUUGCUCUCUCGUCGACCGACUGUUCUCGCCUUCAGGCUACGUGGGAUUUGGUACCCGUUGCUGACAAGCGUCUGCUAAAGGACAUGGAAUCGCUAACACAGCCCAUUCGCAACUUCCACGAGCUUCGCCUCGAGAUGGAAAUGGCCAAUGCGCAAGAUGGUUGCAUUCCAUUUGUUGGCCUGUAUGUCCACGACUUGACGUAUAAUGCACAGAAGCCAGCACGAGUUACGACACAGGAUGGAGAGUCCCUGAUCAACUUUGAGCGCUACCGUACCACCGCGAAGAUCGUUAAGAGCCUCCUCAGACUGAUUGAUGCGAGCACCAGGUAUCGAUUUGAGCCUGUGCCGGGUAUCAUUGAGCGUUGUCUCUGGAUCGCAUCGCUGUCGGAGGAGCAAGUCCAGCUGCGCAGUAAGCAGUUGGAGUAG